UCUAAGGCCCGGCAGCCGCUCGGCAGCGCCCUCUCAUCUCUUUGCCGCGGGCCAGGGGCGCGGCGUUUCCGUUGGGAAGCCGUUUGGAAUUUGGCCCCCGACGCGGACGCCUCAUGGAACCAGAAAGGGAAAGGACCGGGAGGAACCUCAAGAAGGGCAGGAAGAGGAGGCGGGCCCCGAACAAGCUGGUCGGGGCGGCUGAGGCGUUGAGAGCCCGUUGGGAUCUUGAAGAGAGGCAGCCCGAGGCCAAGAAAGCCCGCUUAUCUACCAUUUUAUUUGCUGAAAACUGUGAAGUAACCCAUGGCCAGCUAUGUGAAUUGCUAAAAUAUGCAGUUCUGGGCAAAUCCAGCGUUCCUAAACCCAGCUGGUGCCAGCUUUUUCACCAGAACCACCUGAACAAUGUGGUGGUUUUUGUUCUGCAGGGAAUGAGUCAGCUACACUUUUACAGGUUCUAUUUGGAGUUUGGAUUUCUUCGAAAGGUGUUCAGACAUAAAUUCCGAUUGCCUCCUCCCUCAUCUAAUUUUCUAGCUGAUAUCAUUGGGCUGCAAAAGAAACAAACAACUGGAGAUCUGCCCAAGGUGAUGGAAGGCUCUUUACCUUCUGCCAGUUCAAAAGCCACCAUCAACUUGCAGAAUGAUCCCAUCAUUCAAAAGUAUGGCUGUAAGAAAGUGGGCUUGACUAGAUGUCUUCUGACAAAGGAGGAAAUGAAGACAUUUCACUUUCCCUUACAAGGUUUUCCUGACUGUGAAAAUUUUGUACCUACCAAAUGUAAUGGUAUUAUAACAGACAACAGUCCUCUCUUUGGACUUGAUUGUGAAAUGUGCCUCACAUCCAAGGGGAGAGAAUUAACACGAAUCUCACUAGUUACUGAAGGAGGUUGCUGUAUUAUGGAUGAACUGGUUAAACCUGACAACAAGAUUUUGGACUACCUCACUAGCUUUUCAGGAAUCACGAAGAAGAUUCUUAACCCAGUGACAACCAAACUUAAAGAUGUACAGAGGCAGUUAAAAGCAUUGCUUCCUCCUGAUGCUGUGUUAGUGGGCCACUCCUUAGACUUGGAUCUCAGAGCCUUGAAAAUGAUACAUCCAUAUGUUAUUGAUACAUCAUUGCUUUAUCUCAGAGAACAGGGCAGAAGAUUUAAGCUAAAGUUCUUAGCCAAAGCUAUUUUGGGGAAGAAUAUACAGUGUCCAGAUAGGCUUGGGCAUGAUGCUACAGAAGAUGCUAGAACGACCCUUGAAUUGGCUCGAUAUUUCCUUAAGUAUGGCCCAAAAAAGAUUGCAGAAUUAAAUCUGGAGAGACUAGCUAGUCACCAAGAAAUGCAAGCAGCAGGCCAAGAGCCAAAAAAUGCAACAGAAAUAGUUCAGCGCUCAAAUACAAGUGUUUUAGAAUGCUUGGAUUCAAUGGGCCAGAAGCUCCUUUUCUUGGCCCGGGAGACAGAAGCUGGUGAACUUUCUUCUUCCAAAAACUGUCGAACUAUUAGGUGCCUUUCAAAUAAAGAGGUUCUUGAGCAGGCUAGAGUGGAAAUCCCCUUGUUUCCCUUCAGCAUUGUCCAGUUCUCUUUUGAGCCCUUUUCACCCAUUCUCACUGAGGAGAUGAACAAGAGGCCUCAUCUCUGUAUACAGUAUGAAGUCCUGGAAGCUGCUCAGCUGGCCAUAGAAUCCUUGGAUGGCAUUCUGGUAGAAAGUACCUGCAUCAAGGUGCAGAGGCCUGUGACAGAGCUCACCCUUGACUGUGACAUCCUUGUGAAUGAGCUAGAACGAGACUCUGAAAAUCGAGGUACUAUUUACCUGUCUGGAGUGAACGAAACCUUCAAAGAACACCUGUUGCAGCAGUCUAACCUUUUCCUUGGCCUGGAAGCUGUGAUUUUGCCUAAAGAUCUUAAAAGUGGAAAGCAGAAAAAAUACUGUUUCCUGAAAUUCAAAACUUUUGGCAGUGCCCAGAGGGCCCUUAACAUUCUUACGGGCAAGGACUGGAAGCUAAAAGGCAGGCAUGCCCUAACUCCCAGGCACCUCCAUGCAUGGCUCAGAGGCUUACCACCUGAAUCAAGAAGGCCUCCAGGGGUUCGUGUCAUACCUCCUCCAUCAGAGCAGCAGGCCUUGCAGACUCUGAAAGUAGACCAUCCAAAGAUAGCAGCGUGGCGCUGGGGCCGGAAGAUUGGAAAGCUUUACCACAAACUAUGCCCAGGAACCCUCUGCCUUAUCCUGCUGCCAGGAACUAAGAGCACUCAUGGUUCACUUUCUGGCCUAGGACUGAUGGGAAUAAAAGAUGAAGAAGAAAGCACCACCUCAACCUUGUGUUCAUGA